AUGAAGUGUCUUGUGUACAAGGUAUGGAAUGGGGAUGAAAAAGAUUAUUAUCAAUUAUUGGAUAUAAAUCCCAAUACAACUCAAACAGUGAUUCGAAAUGCGUAUUUACGUCAAGCACGAGAAUUUCAUCCAGAUAAAAAUGUUGGUCGUAGUAUUGAUACAACAGCUAUAUUUAAAGCGAUAAAAGCUGCCUAUGAGACAUUGUCAAAUGACAUAACAAAAAUGAGUUACGAUGAAAAUCGAAAUGCUGAUCGCGACGAUGAUAAUGACGAUGAUGAUAUUCCAUUUACAUCAUCAAAUACACAUUUAACAUUACAUAUGGGACGAAAGCCAUCGGAUGAUUUCAAAGAUCAAAUUGAUGAAUAUAUUUUAAAAUAUAAAAACUUAACAUUUAUCGAUAAUUAUAAUGAAAAAAUUAAUGAAAUACUAAAAGAAUUCAUGUAUUCUAAUGAUACAAUAAUGGAUAUUGAUAAUUAUAUUGAAUGUGAAAUAUGUCAUCAGGCAUGGUUGAACAGAAAUAAUCAUCAACAACAAAAUGUUGAGCCGUACGAACGGUUGUUUAAUAAAACAAUGGCAAUACCAUCAUCAUUGACUUUACAACAAAUUAUUGAUCCAAAUAUAUGGAAUUGGCAUUCGGUGAAUAUAACAUCAAUUUAUUCAUCAUUGUGGAAUAAGCAUCAACAAUGGAAUAAUAUUAAAAAAUUAUUCAACAAGUAA